GGACGGGGGAGGGGGGAAGGGUUUUACCGUAAACGAGGCGGAAGUGGUGGGGAGGGGUGCGCGGGGGGUUGUGGGUAACGAGGCGGGAAUGGGGGGGCGCCAUAACCGCGCGCAGGGGGUUGUGGGUAACGAGGCGGAAGUACCCGGGCUCCGCCGCCGCGGGGAGUUGUGGGUAGGGAGGCGGGAAGAGGGGGCGCCAUAGCUGCGCGCGGGGGAUUGUGGGUAACGAGGCGGAAGUAACCGGGCUCCGCCGCCGCGGGGGCUUGUGGGUAGGGAGGCGCCGCGGCGGGGGGGGGGGCGGGGUGUUGGUUUAUGGGUAACGAGGCGGAAGCGUCGGGCCGUGCCCGCGGGGGGUUGUGGGUAGCGAGGCCCCGUUCCCGAAUGGCGGUGCGGGCCGUUUACCUGCUGCGCUCGGCUCACCCCCGGUUCGGCGGGAGGAGCUACGUGGGUUUCACGGUGGAUCCGGAACGGCGGCUACGGCAGCACAACGCGGGCAGGAGGCGGGGAGGAGCCUGGAGAACCAGCGGCCGCGGCCCUUGGGAAAUGGAGCUUUACGUCUACGGGUUCCCGUCGGAUGUGGCGGCGCUGAGGUUCGAGUGGGCGUGGCAACACCCCGCCGCUUCCCGCCGCCUCCCCGACGUCACCCCGCGCCGACCCCGCGAGCGGCCAAUCGCCUUCGCCCUCCGCCUCUUGCCCCGCCUCCUGCGGGCCCCGCCCUGGCGCCGCCUCCCUUUGCGCCUGCGCUGGCUCCGCCCCCCGCCCCACCCCGCCCUCGAGCCGGCCCCGCCCCGGCACGUGGUGGUGGAAAGGGGGCGGUUCCACGCGCGGAGGCCACGCCCACGGCGCCCCGCAGGGACACGCCCAGAGGCGCUGGACACGCCCCCUACGGAGGCCACGCCCCCGCCGCCACCAUGUGACCUCUGCGGGGAGCCAUGUAAGGACGAGGCCACGCCCCCCCUGCGCUGUCCCCGCCCCCUUUGCCCGCUGGCCGCCCAUCCCCCCUGCCUGGCCCGGCUCUUCCUGCGCCCGGAGCCCCGGGAGCUGCUGCCCGUGGGCGGGGCCUGCCCGCGCUGCCACGCCCACCUCCUCUGGGGCGACCUGAUUCGCCACCACCUCGGUGACCCCGCCCCCUCGGCCGAAGAGGAGGCGGAGCCAGAGGACCACGCCCAGGCUCAUUGGACGGACCAGCUGCUGUGCCCCGGGGGGGCGGAGCCAGGCGCAGGCUCCGCCCCCCCCGCCGGGUUUUAAUCAUGGUUUUAAUUAAUUUAUUUACAAUAAAAAAAAUCAAAAGGGGGGGGAAGGGGGCUCAGGCCCCGCCCCCUUUCGCCCCACCCGCCAUUUUCUGGGUGUGUCUCCCCUUUAGCCCCGCCCCUUUGCCAGGCCCCUCCCAUUUUGGAGGAAGCCCCUCCCACUUUUCGGCUGCCACGCC